AAGCCGUUCUACCCCACGGGGUCCCUCAACAUGCCUCAACAGGGUAAUCGACUCGACGGCAUCUUCGCCAACCUGCUGGAACGUCGACAAUCUCGAAACCAACUGCGAAAGCUGACUACUGUCCCAGAAGGCUCGGUCGAUUUCAGCUCCAAUGCCUACCUCUCCCUCUCCUCCCAGCCCGCCGUGCAGCGGGCCUUUCUCGCCCGGCUACAGGCAGCCAUAGGGGGCCCGCCCCUGCUGGGCUCUGGCGGCUCCCGCCUGCUGGACGGGAACUCGUCGCGCGCUGAGUCCCUCGAACGCACCAUCGCCGCAUUCCACCGGGCCCCGGCCGCUCUGCUCUUCAACUCGGCCAUGGAUGCCAACAUGGGCCUGUUUGCGUGCGUCCCGCAGCCGGGCGAUGUGGUGGUCUAUGACGAGCUCAUCCACGCCAGCGUGCACGACGGCAUGCGGCUGAGCAGGGCCAGCAAGAGGAUCCCGUUUGCUCACAGCCACAUCUGGGAGCGGAAUUCGAGCUCGGUGACUGAGACAAAGGACAAUCAUCCUGUUGGGAAAUCGCUCGAUACCAUUCUGCAAUCUCUGCUCCAAGGUCCUGAGGGCACCCUCUUCCAGUCCGGCGCGAGGAACGUCUUCAUCGCGGUCGAGGCUGUCUACAGCAUGGCUGGCGACUUGGCUCCCUUGACCGAGAUCGUCGAGUGUGUGGAAUAUCGUCUGCCGCAGGGAAACGGCUACAUCAUCGUGGAUGAAGCCCACUCGACGGGCAUCUUUGGCGACCGCGGACGUGGCCUAGUGUGCGAACUAGGUCUUGAGAACCGUGUGUGGGCUAGAGUUCUCGGCUUUGGAAAAGCCGUGGGUUGCGCUGGAGGCCUCAUCCUCUGCACCACAACAACCCGCGCCUACCUGAUCAACUAUGCCCGAACUCUCAUAUACACCACCGCCAUGGCGCUUCCCUCCCUCGCCGGCAUCGAAACCGCCUACGACUUCCUCUCAAGCGGCCAGGCCGAGCCCCUGCUCGUGCACCUGCGUCUCCUCAUCCGCGAGACCCACGCGCUGCUCCUGGCGCUGUGCGCCCGCCACAACCCGCCCGCGGAGCUGUUCCGCGUCAGCCUGGAAGAGCCCAGGUCGCCCGUCAUCCCCGUUCUCACCUCGCGACCUCGUAGCCUGGCGGAGCACUGCCAGCGGAGGGGGUACAUGGUGCGUCCGAUCGUGGCGCCCACUGUGCCGAGGGGGAAAGAGAGGAUCAGGGUCUGUCUGCACGCGGGGAACACCCGGGGCGAGGUGGAAGGGCUGGUGCAGGCGCUGGAGGCGUGGCUGGUUGCGUGGAAGACGGGAGGUGUAGGCGGCGAUCUGGAUGCUGGCGGCGCGGGCCAAGACUCUUCCGUAUCGGGAGGAGCGGGCCGAGGGAAAGCAAAGCUUUAGGGAUUUUAUGUCAGAUGGGGGAACCUGGUGAUGUGUGGCACACUAGGAUGGGAAGCCGUUUCCCUGUUGCAUCCUCCCUUCGGCCGGGUCUACUUCCCACGCCGCUAACAAACGGUGCAGAAAUAUUAGCUGCGCUUCGGUGCGAUAUCGCUUGCUAUGCGAUCGCUCACCGAUUCCUUGCAUCUUGGUUCCCAGGCUUGUGGCCAGCUGAGGAGGCCAAGGCGUGACGUCUUCAAUGCCGCUGGACCUGGUCAUGGAGAUGGUGAGCAUCCCAAGAUCGCGGGCCGUUUGGCUAGCAAUCAGAUGCAUGGGAUCCGUAUGCUCGCUAUCCGUAGUCCGUAUAGACUGUCUUUCAU